CAAGCUCCCGCCGGCCUUUUCAGCAGAAAGCGGCUGUCCCAAAACAACACGGGAAAAGAAGGGCGCCAAAAGGACUUUUUAUUUAGCAAUGCAAAAUCUGCCCCCAACUCCAGCCUAGCGCCUCCCGGGGCGUGGCCAGAUCUAUUAAAACGGGCUCGCUUUGGGGGCGGUGUCGCUUGGUGGUGCUGCUGCUGCUGCUGCGUUUUCCCGGCCUAGCGUUGUCGUGCAUCGGACGUGGGAAGCCAUGGCCAAGUACGUGGAGCUUUACACGAAGGCCAAGAUGCCCAUCCUCGGGCUGGGCACCUGGAAGUCUCCCCCAGGGAAAGUAGCCGAUGCAGUGAAGAAGGCCAUCGCUGUGGGAUAUCGCCACUUUGACUGCGCCUACGUAUACCAGAACGAAGAUGAAGUUGGCAGUGGGAUCCAAGAGAAAAUCAAGGCAGGCGUUGUGAAGCGCGAGGACUUGUUUGUUGUCAGCAAGCUUUGGUGCACAUUCCAUGAAAAACACCUGGUGAAGGGGGCAUGCAAGACCACCCUGACAUCCCUGAAGUUGGAUUACCUGGACCUCUACCUAAUUCACUGGCCUGUGGGAUUCAAGGCUGGCGAUGAUCUGUUUCCUGCCGAUGACAAAGGCAUGACCAUACCCAGCAACACAAACAUCCUAGACACCUGGGAGGCAAUGGAGGAGCUGGUGGAUGCAGGGCUAGUGAAAGCCAUCGGUGUUUCCAAUUUCAAUCAUGAACAGAUUGAGAGAAUCUUGAACAAACCUGGACUGAAGUACAAGCCAGCAAACAACCAGAUCGAGUGCCACCCGUAUCUCACCCAGGAAAAGCUUGUCAAUUUCUGCCAGUCCAAAGGGAUUUCCGUCACAGCGUACAGCCCCCUCGGCUCUCCUGACAGGCCAUGGGCCAAGCCAGAGGAUCCAUCUCUCCUGGAUGAUCCCAAGAUCAAGGAGAUUGCGGCUAAGCACAAUAAAACUGCAGCUCAGGUCCUGAUCCGAUUCCAUAUCCAAAGAAACGUGAUCGUGAUUCCCAAAUCUGUCACCCCGGCUCGAAUUGAGGAAAACUUUAAGGUGUUUGACUUUGAGUUGUCCAAGCAGGAGAUGGAGACCAUCCUGAGCUUCAACCGGAACUGGAGAGUGUGUGCCCUGAGCACGUGUGCCAGUCACAAAGAGUAUCCUUUCAAAGCUGAAUAUUAAAACCCCGUUCUCCUGGAAGCCACAGGGAGAAAGACGUCUACUUUAACCAUCUCAGCUUGUUCAUCUGUGCUCUUUCAUCCGCAUCUAGAAAACCUUCACUUUUCCAACGUGGGUUCAAAAUAUUCUGAGCAACAGAAUUUGGGGGUCAUGAAUCGUGUCGUCCUCCUUGUUAAGCAGAAACAUCUUUGCCAGAAUUAGCGGCCAGACUAUUCUGGAGGUGAACAGUAACUUUCUAAGUUCUCUGUCAUCACUUCUUCUGACUAUACCUGACAAAGAGGCAUCUUUGUCUCUGGCAGGAAUCAAAGUUCAGUGUCUUUCCGUUAAAAUGACUGGGUCAUUUCUACUGCCGUUUUGCUAAUGGAAGAGGGAGCAUCUUCCCCAUUUCUGUUCCUCACUGCAGCCACCCAGCCCAGAAGGUUUUGUGUUCACAAAGAUCCUCUGUUCCCAACAGUGUCUUUUCACAUGUCACAGGAGGAGGGAGGGGAAAAGAUUCAUAUCUGUCGUCAGAGUGGUCGUAAGACAAAACUCAGUGUUCCUAGACUCUACAUUCAAAUUGGGAGUUUUUGUAGUUACAAGUAUGCAGUUUGUGUUCAAGUAGCUCAUGGUUUGAUCUUCCCAAAGAUUUUGAAUUGUAUUUUUCAGUCAUUGUUGUUUCCAAUAAAACCUGUCUAGUUGGCAUAUUGUUUGUUUGU